AGCAACAAUUACAGCGUCAACACAGCAACAACAAGAGCAGCUGCAGCAGCAACAACAACAACAACAAACACAACAACAACAAACAAACCAAUCUUAUCGCACGAUGCUAUGGCGGAAGCCGGCCUGUUAACGGCUAAACUGGAGCCACAAAUACAUAUUAAGGAAGAGAUGCCAGAAGCGUCGCAAAAUAAGGUGAGAGAGACGCUCAAUUUUCCUCGCCGAAAAGUUCAGACAGAACGUUCCGAUACGCUGCCAAUUUGCCAACGCUGCAAGCAGGUCUUCUUCAAGAAGCAAAGCUAUACUAAACAUGUUUCCCAGAGUCUCUGCGAAAUUGUCGAAUAUGACUUUAAAUGUUCCAUAUGCCCCAUGUCGUUCACAUCCAGCGAAGAACUACAAACACACGAACAACUACAUCGUGAAAAUAUGUAUUUUUGUCACAAAUACUGUGGCAAAUCUUUUGACACUAUUGAACUGUGCGAAGUGCAUGAGUAUAUGCAUCAUGAAUAUGUCAAUUAUAUCUGUAAUGUUUGCUCUGCUGGUUUUGCCAGCCGUGACCAGCUAUUCGCUCAUAUGCCGCAGCAUCGCAAUCAACCGCGCUAUGAUUGUCCGAUAUGUCGUCUGUGGUUUCACACGCCAAUACAAUUGCAUCAACAUCGUAUGGCGGCACCAUAUUUUUGUGGCAAAUUUUAUCGGCGAGGUGGAGCCCCUGCAAUGCCCGCUGGCCCUCCAUAUGGACCUCCGCCGUCAUCACAUACAGCCAAUUAUAAUCUACAAGACUGUUCGAUGGGCGUUAUAGAAAUGCCUGGCAGCAAUAGUUUUUCUUCAUAUCUACAAAAUCGCGCCUUCCAUCAACAACACCAGCAGCAACAGCCACUUCCUCAACAGCAACCACAUUCACACCAGCAACCGCAUCUGCUGCAACAACAUCUGCAGCGUCAGCCGCCACCGCAGCAGCAGCAGCAGUCGCACCUUCAACAUCAACCGCACCUUCCGCCACCACAUUCAGCACCGCAUCCAGCACCUCCGACGCCAGAUUUCUUGCGUCGUAGCAACAGCAACAGCAAUAUUAGUGGCAGUGCAGGCACCGGCGGUGUUGUUGGCGGCACAAGUGAAUUCCAAAUGCCACAAAUUAAGACCGAAAUAAAAGUUGAACCUGACAUUUUUGACUCACCUGAUUAUCCACUACCAGCACAAUUGCCACCACCUCCUCUACCGCCUCCCCCCUUGAGUGCACACCAAUCUGCGUUGCCCUCACCAUCACGCCAACAUCGCUUUAGCGAUUUUUCAAAUGAAUCUUUUGGUGGUGCUACUGCUGGCGGCGCUGAGAGUUCGCUUUCUUUUGGCGGUCCGAACAACACCAGCGGUGGCAGCAAUAGCAACAGCCACGAUUUCAGCAGCACCAUCUUGCAACGGAACUUGAGUGCCAACAGCAACAGUAACAACAGCAAUCAUCAGUCACCGCAGUUUGCUGCAAGCAAUUUCCAUUUCCCCACAUCCCCAGUCCCCUCGCGCACACGUGUGGUCGACACUGGCGAGGAUGGAGCAGUAUGCUGUGUGCCACACUGUGGCGUCACCAAGCACUCCAGUCCCACUUUACAAUUCUUUACAUUCCCUAAAGAUGACAAGUAUUUGCAUCAAUGGUUGCAUAACCUAAAAAUGAUGCCCGUUCCCGGCUCGACCUACAAUCAGUAUCGCAUUUGCAGCUUACACUUUCCGAAACGUUGCAUCAAUCGUUACUCGCUCUGCUAUUGGGCGGUGCCCACAUUCAAUUUGGGCCACGACGAUGUGGCGAAUUUAUAUCAGAAUCGCGAAAUCACCAACACAUUCACGGUAGGUGAUCGCGCACAAUGCAGCAUGCCCGGUUGUCCGAGUCAGCGUGGCGAGAGCAAUUGCAAGUUCUACAAUUUCCCGAAUGACAUGAAAACUCGCAUCAAGUGGUGCCAGAAUGCGCGCUUACCCGUGCAUAGCCGCGAGCCGCGUCACUUUUGCAGUCGACACUUUGAAGAUCGCUGCUUCGGCAAGUUUCGACUGAAGCCUUGGGCUGUGCCUACAAUGCAUUUGGGCACACCAUACGGUCGCAUACAUGAUAAUCCAGGCGUAUUCUAUUUGGAGGAGAAGAAAUGCUGUCUUCCAUAUUGUAAGCGCACACGCUCGUCUGAUUUUAAUCUCUCCUUGUAUCGCUUCCCGCGUGAUGAAACGCUGCUACGGCGUUGGUGCUAUAACUUACGCCUAGAUCCGUCAAUAUAUCGCGGAAAGAAUCAUAAAAUUUGCAGCGCGCAUUUCAUCAAGGAGGCGCUGGGUUUGAGAAAGUUGUCACCAGGUGCCGUGCCCACGUUGAAUUUGGGUCAUAACGACCGUUUCAACAUCUAUGAGAAUGAGUUGCCCACGCCGCCCCCCGUGCCACCAUCUAAAAUGUUUAACUUCCACAAUGUUUCCGCGCCGUCUCCGGCCUACAACAUCCAUCGUCAUAGCAUCGCUUCGAGCAGCGGUCAUAGCGAGAGAAUGUACUCCAACCCCGUUUCAAGUCUUAAGUUCAGCAUAUCCAACAUUACAGCUGGCGAUAUGAGUGCCAUGAGCGCUAAUUCCUCACAAAAUAUGUUGGAAACAAUUGAUGUGUGCUUUGUGCCCAGCUGCAAGCGUAAUCGCCAUACAGAUAACGUAACGCUACACACCAUACCACGACGUCCAGAGCAAAUGCGCAAGUGGUGUCACAACCUCAAGAUCGGCAUCGAAACGCUGCAUAAGGGCGUACGCAUCUGCAGCGCGCACUUCGAGUCGUAUUGUAUUGGUGGUUGCAUGCGUCCUUUCGCUGUGCCCACAUUGAAUUUGGGACAUGAUGAUCCGAAUAUCUAUCGCAAUCCAGAUGUUAUUAAAAAAUUGAAUAUACGCGAAACAUGUUGCGUGCAGGACUGCAAGCGCAAUCGCGAUCGUGAUCAUGCCAAUCUGCAUCGCUUCCCAUCGCAUUAUGACAUGCUCACCAAGUGGUGCGAAAAUCUGCUGAAGCCAGUGCCUGACGGCACCAAACUCUUCAACGAUGCCAUAUGCGAGAUGCAUUUCGAAGAUCGUUGUAUACGCAAUAAGCGCUUGGAGAAAUGGGCCGUACCCACGGUGAAGCUGGGACAUGCUGAGGAGCCCAAACAUCGUUUACCCACAGAGGAGGAGAUCGUUGAACUAUGGCCGAAGCCGCUUAUGUCAAAUAAGGGUAUCGAAGAGGGCGAGUGUUGCGUGUCGACAUGUCGCCGCGAUCCCAAGAUCGAUGAUGUUAAGCUGUAUCGCACGCCCGAGGAUCCGGAAGUUUUGGCCAAAUGGGCACACAACUUGCAAGUGGAAACCGAGGAUCUCACCACGCUGCGCAUAUGCAAUCUACAUUUUGAGGAGCACUGCUUCAGCAAGAAACGGCGACUGCAAUGCUGGGCCUUGCCCACGCUCAAUUUGGCUAAUAAUGUGGAGCAAUUGUAUGAGAAUCCGGAGCCGCUGGUGCCGCAGGUGAUCAUGCAGGCGGAGGCCAGACGCGAACGCCGCCGCAUGCGCGACCCCAAUGAGCCACAGAAGCCGUGGACGCCACGUUGUUGCCUGCCGCAUUGCCGCAAGCGGCGUGGCACCGACGGCGUGCAACUCUUUCGCUUUCCUGUACUCAAUCGUCCCAUGUUGGCUAAGUGGUGCCACAAUUUGCAGCUGCCACUGGUUGGAAACGGGCAUCGUCGCAUAUGCUCCACGCAUUUCGAGGAGAAAGUGUUGUCUAAGCGCUGUCCCAUACCGAUGUCAGUGCCAACGCUCGACCUUAACAUUCCACCAGGCUACAAAAUCUACACAAAUCCAGCGCGCCUAAAAGCUGCCAAAUUGUGUAUGCAACAAACUUGUUGCAUUGCAUCUUGCAGCCGCAAGCGCGCUGACGGCGUACAACUUUUCCGCUUCCCGCAUAGCCGCACUGUGUUGCGUAAAUGGAGCCAUAAUACGCGGCAACAAGCACGCGAAGCCCUACGUGGCCAAUACCGCGUCUGCUCUCGUCAUUUCGAACCACACGCGUUCGGCGCCAAGCGGCUAAUGCCGGGCGCCAUACCGACAUUGAAUUUGGAUCCCGAAGUUGAGGAUGCUUUUGCAAAUGAAGCGCAAAGCUUUGCUGAGACGCAGUGUGUAGUUAGCGGCUGCGUCGCCACCAAAGAGAUAGAUGGCGUGCGACUUUUCAAGUUCCCCAGCGAUGAUGAGGAUUUGCUCUGGAAAUGGUGUAACAAUUUGAAGAUGAACCCUGUAGACUGCCGUGGCGUGCGCAUCUGCAAUCGUCAUUUCGAGGCAGAAUGUGUGGGACCGAAGAUGCUCUACAAAUGGGCCGUACCAACUUUGGCCUUGGGUCAUACUGACUCCGAAGUCGAACUGGUGCCAGUGCCGCCGCCAGAGGCGCGCUACGACGUGGUGACCAAGUGCUGUGUGCCCACAUGCGGUAAGACACGUAAAUUUGACGACGCACAAAUGAAUAGUUUCCCGAAGAAUCUGCGGCUUUUCCGCUGCUGGAAACACAAUCUGAAAUUGGACUAUCUUGAUUUUAAGGACCGGGAUAAAUAUAAAAUUUGCAGCGACCACUUUGAACCCGUCUGCUUGGGUAAGAUGCGGCUCCACUACGGCGCAAUACCGACGCUCAACCUCGGCCAUGACGACACAGACGACCUCUAUCCCGUCGACCCAGCGCAAAUACAAAUUUCUCUCUUCGGCAGAAAUCGACCGCGCGUUGUUGUUGAGAAGGAAACCGCUGAUUUUGAUGCAUCCGCCGGCGCCGCAGAGAAAGGCAAUGAACACAAAUGUUCCUACCCCGAUUGUAGCGCAACAAAAAUGCUGCUACGCGAACCCUAUGACAUGCCAGCCGCCUUGCCGCUUCAUGCUUUGUGGUGCGCGCAAAUGAAAGUCGAUGCGGAGGCGCUCAGCGAGACGCCAAAACUGUGUGGUCUGCAUUUUAUAAAGCUCUACAAAUCCACACUGGAUGCAGCCAACGCGCUGGCUGAUGGCGACGACGAAUUGAACGAGGCCUUGAAAUCACUAAAAGCUACAUAUGAAAAAUGUCGCGCGUCGCCGACGGUUUGCAGUGCGCAAUGCUGCGUUGUUGGCUGUGGCAGCAAUCAAGUGAGCGGCAGCCGUACUGCGCAGCGCCUAUAUCCUUUCCCCGGCGUGGCUGGCAGUGGCGCGGAAUUAAUUGAUAAAUGGUGCAACAAUGUAGGAGUUAAAACCUCCGACCUGAGUGGCUACCUACAUAAAGUAUGUGCGCGCCACUUUGAGCCGCAAUGUAUUGGACCUACACAGCGUCUACGCUCUUGGGCGCUACCCACUUUGCAUCUUAAGCACACAACUGCAGCCGAAAUACACGGCAUACCAGAAUUGGGCACCGCCGCACGACCACAUGAAGCGCGCUGCUGUGUAGCAACGUGCGCGCGUGAGCGCGGCGACUUCGAAACUAUGCGACUCUUUAGUUUUCCCUUAAUUGAAGAGGUGCUGGAAAAGUGGCUACACAAUUUGCAGCUGACACGAAAUCAAUGCGCACGCUUGCGCAUCUGCGAGCAACACUUUGAAACGCGCUGUAUUGUGAAGUCGCGCCUAAUGCGUUGGGCUGUACCAACAUUGCUGUUGGAGCGCAAGGCUGAGGAGCUGUUGCAGAACGAGCCGCCAGCACAGGCCGGCGCACCAGCUGCACAAUCUGCUGAUGAAGUGGGCGCGGCAAACAACAAUGGUGAGAGAGAUGAAGAUGACGACGGCUGCGAUUUGGCUGCAGUGCCCAAUGUGAAAAUGAAAAAAUCGCUGGAUAUCAUCAAAUGUUGCGUGCCGAGUUGCCGCCGCAGCCGCCUGCAACAUGGCGUGCGUCUAUUCUCGUUUCCAACAAGUAAUCAAAUUGUACGCAAAUGGUUUCAUAACCUUAGAAUGUCGCCCGAUAUGGCGCUAGAUCCAGCCUUACGUAUUUGCAGUCUACACUUCCACAAGCGUUGCAUUGACGGCAAAGUAUUACGCGCAUGGGCCAAGCCCACCAAUGCGCUCGGUCACAACGGGCCCAUCUAUGAGAACCCUAAAAAUCUUCCAGGCGUCUUCCUGCCCAAGUGCUGCUUGUCACACUGCCGGCAGCGGCGCACGCUCGAAAACGACUUACGCACUUUUGGCUUCCCGAAGGAUGAUACUUUGAUGCGCAAGUGGUGCGCGAACCUGCGCAUGAAGCCGCGCUCCAUUCAUGCACGCAUCUGUAUGUCACACUUUCCGCCCGAGGCGAUGGGCAAUAAGAAGCUGCGCGCAAACGCGGUGCCGACGCUUAAUUUAGGACACAACGAGCCGCUCGAAUAUGACAAUAAGUUGCUGAUUGCGAAUGCACCGGCCGUGGUGAAGACGAAAAAUCCACUGGAGAGGAAGAAAGCGAUGCCAUCCGAUGUCAGCGACGCUGAGCAGGACGUUGAUGAGAAUGAUGAGGAGAAGGAUGAUGAUGAUGAUGAUGACGACGAUGACUAUCGCGUCGAUGAAGAAGAAGAAGAGGAGGAGGAGGAGGAAGACGAUUUCUAUGCUUCUGCCGGUGUCGUCAACAGCGACGAAGAGGAAGAAGAUUUAACGCCGAGCAUUAGUGCCGCUACUGGUGACGAAGAUGAAAUAUACAGCAAUGCUAGAGCGCGCAGAAAAGUCAAAUUAAAUGACGCCUCUGAAGAGGACGAUGAUGAUGAUAACGCAGAGGAAGAGGAAGAUGAAGAAGACGAAGAGGAGGAUGACGAAGAGAUUGAGAACGCUGAGGAUGUCUAUGGCAACGAAAACGACGAUGACGAGUCGGUUGAGGAUGACGAGAGCGUUGCCGAGAAUGUGUACAAUGAUGAGGAGGAUACGGAGGAUAGCGAAAGCGUCGCCAACGCCGAAGGCAAUAACGAAGAGAGCAAAGACGCAGAAGUAGACGACGAUGAUGUUGAAAUGCUUAUCGAUGAUGAAGAUGAUAAAAGCAGUUAUAAUGCAUGUGACCCCCUCGAUUUUGUUAAAUGCGCUAAUGAAAAUGGCAGUGCACUGAAGCGCGGCCCCUCAGCUGCAUUAGCAAAACGAAGUAGCAGCGCCCGUUUCGCCAACAAAAACGCACGCAAGAGACCUAUAUCCAUUACACCCACUCAAUUUGGUGAUGACUCGAAUACGAAUUACAGCAAUGCGGAUGAAACGACACGCUUCACCGCAACCACUUCCAACUCUGCUUCCCCCUCAGCGACAACAUCGGCAACCGCGUCAGCGUCAGCAAGCGCUUCUUUAUCGACAGCACAUCGUUGCGGCGCUGGCAAGUUAAGUCGCUCGGUUUUUCGGCUAUGUUGCCUCAGGCAACGUAUGAAGAAGAAAGCACCACCAGAUCCGCCACCUGACACAAAAAAUACGCGCACAAGCAGCAAAGCGUCAGCAGCGCCUCAGAUGAUGCAGAGGAAGAGGGCGAGUAGAGCGCACACCGCCAAAUGGCAGCGUCCGGGUACUUAUUGCGCUGUGCGCCGCUGCGGACGCGCAACAGGCCGGUCCCUACAUCGCUUCCCGCCCAUCAACAGUCGCUUUUGUCGCGAAUGGUGCGCGCGUUUGGGCGCUAAAUUGUCACAAGCUCCACGCUUGCGGAUAUGCCAACAACACUUUGCCUACAGCCUAGUGGAUAGGCGGCGCAGGCGCUUGCGUUUUGGUGCGAUACCGACACGCAAUUUUUAUAACACAGCAGAGGAAGCAAAAAUCACUGACACGUCACAUGUAAUGAAUCGGAAAGUAGUUGCUGAGGCUCCUAGCCCACCUGCAGCUGACACAAGUCAAACGUUCUCGGCGCAACUCAGCGCCUAUAACCGCUGCUGCGUUCCGAAUUGCGGCAAGUCUCAUCAAGGAGACGGCGUAACGCUGUUUCGUUUUCCUAAACUGCGUUCGCUCUAUCUCCAAUGGACCUCUAAUUUGAGGCUGGUGCCCACCUCACGCUUGGUGCAAGUUUACAAAGUCUGCAGCGAGCACUUCGAGCCCAGCUGCCUUAGUUAUCAACGCAACGAUCGCGCCACACUUAAAUACGGUUCCGUGCCGACGCUGAAAUUGGGCCACGAGGACAAUUUGAAGGUCGAUACUGAUAAUGCAUUGUUGCCGCAAAAACGUCGCAAGGUUGGCAGGCGCAAGGGUAAUGCGCAAAAAGGUGUCAACGAGUGCGCCGUACACGACUGCAGAGUGGCGCAAUUUCUGCAAAUGCAGCUCUUCGCACUGCCCGAUGUACAGAAACUGCAAGAGCGCUGGUGCAACUACUUCAAUUUAACGCUUAGUAACACGGCUGGUGGCGACGCAUCUGAGUUCUUUCAAAAUGUGCGCCUCUGCGCGUUGCACUACAUGGAGGGCUAUCAAAUGGCGACAAAUAAUGACGGCGCGCGCAAAGUCAACUCGGCCGCGUUGGAGGAGCUAGAAGCAAAUUAUGCGCGCAUAACCAAUUCAACGCGCAUACAGAUGCUGAAAUGUUGCGUACCCAACUGUUCGACGAAAUUCACUGACAACGUGCGGCUCACCGCGUUUCCCAGCUCCGAGGAAUUGCGCGCCAAGUGGCAGCACAACACACAAGUCUCGUUUAGUUCAUCGCACCGUUACUUGUAUAAAGUAUGCGCGCUGCAUUUUGAGGAGCGCUGCUUUGCCAAGAAACGCCUAUUCAUGUGGGCCAUCCCAACGCUGCGUCUACCGAAGCCGCCAAGUCACCAUCCAGUAUACAAUCUCUUUGAAAACCCCAGCAUGGACGUUGUAGGCACCAGCCAUUGCUGCGUUGAAGGUUGCAGUUCGGAUGAAAAGAAACAAGAGCACGUAGGUGAUAAUGGCGAUAAAGCAGCUGCCGCUACCACGCGUUUGUGGCACUUCCCACAAGAUAGCGCGCUGCGUGAGAAAUGGUGUCAUAAUUUAGGACUCAGCGCCCAAAAUGAAAAAAUCAGCCACACAAGUCGGCGUUGGCGCAUUUGCAGCCGCCACUUCGAGUCGUAUUGCAUUGGCAAGGCGUUGCGCAGCUGGGCGGUCCCGACACUGCAUUUACCCAAACCUAGCAAGCAAUCCAAAACCGGCAAGCGUUCCACAUAUAUAUACCAGAAUCCGGACAGCGCCGCGCUCUUCUACAACUGCUGCAUUAAGACGUGCCGCCAGGAGCGCGAUGUGGAUGCGGGCAUACGACUAUACGCCUUCCCAAAAAAAGACAACAUGCUGCAAAAAUGGGCGCAUAAUGUACGCAUGCCCGCUGUAAAAUGCCGUCAUGCGCGCAUCUGUACGCUCCACUUCGAGGCGCAAUGCUUACGCCCACAAAUGCAACCGUGGGCGCUACCUACCAUCGAUUUGGGACACGAUGAAGCCGAUAUCUUCCGCAACCCCAAGGUGAAGCUAAUGGUAACGAAUGAGCGUUGCUGCCUGCCGCAUUGCAACAAGCGUCGUAGCCGCGACAAUGUACGUCUCUUCACUUUUCCACACGAUAAAAGCGUGCUGGCGAAAUGGUGGCCCAACUUGGCCAUUGGCGAACAGGAGGUGAGGCAUCGGCGAAUAUGCGACUCUCAUUUUGAGCCGCGCUGCAUAGGCUUAAACCGACUGAAGCGUUGGGCCAUACCCACACUCAAUUUAGGACACGAUAAUAAGGUGCUAGAGAAUCCAUCACCCGCUGAAGUGCUGGCAUACGAAAAUGCCGCAGCGCCGCGGCGCUCACAAACGCCUUCAAAGAUUGCGCGCCCGAAGGUGGUGCAAUCAACACUUUCGGGUAUUACAGACAAGUGUUCUUUAGCCGGCUGUGAGCGUGAGGCUGACACUAGCGCGCUCUAUCGCUUCCCCAAGCCAGAUUGGCUGCGUCAGAAGUGGCGGGACAAUACACGCUUAAGCGAAGAAGAGGCCAAGCAGGCGAAAGUGUGUGCGCGCCACUUUGAGCCGCACGUAAUGGGUAAUCAUAAGCCGCGUCCAUGGGCUUUGCCAACCUUAGAGCUGGGCGUUGACGAACACGGCGUGCCAUUACCGGCUGUACACGCGAAUCCAAAGCAGCUGGCGCGUUUUCAUCCCGAGGAACACGUGUGGGGUGAGCUGCGGUAUGUGCGCGCCAAUCACUGCUCCAUAAUCUCCUGUAUGAAAUCGAAAUUGGAUGGAGUGACGCUAUUCAACUACCCCACCAAACGUGAAAUGCUACAGAGAUGGGCCGAAAAUUGCCGCCACUAUCCAUACCAAGCCAAACGUUAUCGAUUCCAGCUAUGCGGCGAUCACUUUACGGCCGAUUGCUUCAAGCGCGAGGGUACACGCUUGCGUAAGGGCUCCGUGCCUACACUAAAUUUGGGUCACGACGAUCUGCAGAUACACCAAAGCGUAUUUGAAACCGCCGCACUGCCGGAAAUCGAACGUAAGCGUUGCUGCGUGCCGCACUGCGGACGCACGCCGCAAGAGGAUGGCGUGCGUCUCUACAAGUUUCCCUCCCAAGAACGCGCUGAGGUUUUAGAAAAGUGGUGUCAUAAUUUGCGCAUGAAAGUGGCUGAUUGUCGGCACGCGCUCAUCUGCAACAUGCACUUUGAGCCGCGCUGCGUGGGCCGUGACCGUUUGUUGCUGCGCGCCUUACCCACAAUGCUGCUGGGUCAUAACGACGCGGACAUCUUUGAGAAUCCAGAGUCAUUUGAGCGCCCGGAAAAAUUGAUAAGCUGCUGUGUGCCUGGCUGCACUAAUACCAAGCAGACCGAGGGCGUUCAGUUGAGCGCAUUCCCGAAAACGCGUAGCCAAUUCGAGAAGUGGGCGCAAAAUUUGCGGCUGCCAAUCACCUCAACCGUCUGGCACACCUACAAAGUUUGCAGUGAUCACUUCGAGAGCUACUGCUAUGAACAUGGCCGCAUAAAAGUGGGCGCAAUGCCGACGCUGAAGCUGGGACAUGAUGACACAGAGGAUUUGUAUACUGUGAGCGAGGAGGCGAUGAGUCAUCCACUUAAACGCAAACGUUGGCCGAUUAAAGCUGAGCCGUUGAAGGCGCCCAUUGAAGUUUGCUGUUAUCCGGGCUGCAAGGAACUAGAAUUGCGUUUGACAAACCAGCUCUUCGAGUUUCCUAAAUUGUAUGCUAUCAGGCGUAAAUGGCUGGAGAGUAUUGGCUUUGGUGAUGAGGCAGAAGCUGAAGAAAAGUAUGCGGAUGUAAAGGAAGAUGACGUGGAGGAAGAAGGAGACGACGUAGUGUUACCGACGAAAGCCUCACGCAAAAUAUGUCCAAUGCACUUCAGGUUGCUCUACAUGGAACACGAGCCUAUGCUGAAGUCAUUGGAAGCUAAAAACCAGCCGGAUAUUAAGCGUUGUUUGCAAAAGAUCGCGGAAACCUUUGCAAAAGUCUGCGAUAUGUCUUGCGUACGUCGCAUCAGCUGCGCCGUGCCAGGCUGCAAUUCAAAUUAUCUCACCACCGAGUCCAUCAAAUUCUUCAAAUUCCCCGAUAACCCGGAAAUGCGUGCCAAGUGGUGUCACAACACCCAGGUGACGGUUGAUCCGGAUCGCUUGUAUUGCUACAAAAUAUGUGAACUGCAUUUCGAUGAUGUGUGCGCACCAUCAAAACCGGCCAAGAAAGUGCAGCGCUUGAAAAUGUGGGCGGUUCCAACACUCAACCUACCGCCACGCGAUGAGAGCAUGCCCGAAAUAUAUCCACUACCAGCACCUGAAUCCGUGCCCGAAUCGAGACGCGCUGCAUUGCUUUUGCAGUCAGCAGUCAAUAAAUGUUGUAUACCCAGCUGCGUGCAUGCCAAGGCGCCUGAGGAGCGUGAGGAUGCGACUGAGAGCGAUGUACAAUUCUUCAAUUUUCCCAACCAUGCCGAAUUGCUCUACAAAUGGGUUUAUAAUACGCAGAUAAGCAUGGUGUCGGCGACGCAUGCGCGCAUAUGUGCUUUGCACUUUGAAAAGCAUUGCAUUAACAAGCGUUUGCGUAUGUAUGCGGUGCCUACGCUACUGUUGGGUCACAACAAAACCGAUAUUUAUCAGAAUCCGUUGGACAAGCGAGUGGCAGCGGAGAUGGAGAGCAGCAAGCAUGAAGAGGAAGAGAAGGCAGUGAAUUUGGACGCAAAGAAGAACGCAAAGGAGGAAGCCAAGCAGGACGCAAAGGAAGAAGCCAAGCAGGACGCAAAGGAAGAAGCCAAGCAGGACGCAAAAGAAGAUGUAGAGGAGUAUGUAAAGGAAGACACAAAGGAGAGCGGAAAGCAAAAGGCAAAGUUAGAAGUGGUUAAAAAGUCCGAGUUAACGAAAGCUAAAACUGAAGCGUCGCAAGGAAGAAGUGAGUUACGCCAAGAGCCCAUAACUCCGGUAGCUAAGAAAGUCGAGGAUAAGCAGACAGCUGCAUUGACAGAAGACGAGGAAGAGCAGACAAACAGCAGCCAAAAAUUAGAUGCGCCCACAAAACCCGCAACGCCAAAACCAUAUCAUAAACCAUUUAUCAUCAACGUCAAGGAUGAACCCGAUGCAGAUAUCGAGAAUCAAAUGAAGCAAGGCCUGCUGGAUAUGUUCAAUAGCUUUGGCGAUACAGGCGAGCAAGCUGACGAUGCUAAUGAGACAGCCGAACUAGCAACUGAGUCAACGCCUGUGGAACGUGACAGCGCGCGCCAUUGUCGCAUACAAGGUUGCACAAGCCAUGCCCGUCAACCCGGCACCAUUCUUUUCAAAUUUCCCUGCGAUCUAGAUCAGUUCAGUAAAUGGCUGCAUAAUACCCAACUUGAAGCAGAUUAUACUCGUCGCUGGCGUUACCGCGUUUGCCAUCGUCAUUUCGAACCAGUUUGCACGCAAUACCGUAGGCUACCGCCCGGCUCAAUGCCUACGCUGAAUUUGGGUCCUACACGGCCGUCGCAUGUUUAUGACAACGAAUUCGAUAUGAACACUUUAAAGAAGUAUAAAACUAGACCACAACCUAUAGCUGAUACUGGCCCCAGCAUAAGCAUCAGUGAAUUGAAUGAUGAAGGCGAAACGAGCAGCUCAUUCGCCGCCGCCGCUGCCACUGGUACUGGCGUCACGCAGCAUGAAGAGGCUGAUUUCGACGCGCAGCAACACGAAGACUACCAAGAUUAUAUGGACUCCACGCCGAUAGACCGCGACACUUCCAGACAUUGCCGCAUACCCGAUUGCAACAGUCACGCCAAAGAUCCCAACGUUACGCUUUUCAAAUUUCCGCUAUCCGAAUACCUAUUCCGCAGAUGGCUACACAACACCCAACUUAAGGUGGACUAUACACGUCGUUGGCGUUAUCGCAUUUGCCAGCGCCACUUCGACCCGAUUUGCAGGCAAUUCCGCAAGUUGCCGCCCGGCACCAUGCCAACGCUGAAUUUGGGUCCUACGCGGCCGGAGCACAUUUACGAAAAUAGUUUCGAUGUAAAUCACUUGAGGAAGUUUAAAACUAAAUUGCCUACCGCAAAAAUAACUGCGACAACGAAUAAUGCGCUGCCAAGCAACGAAUACAACGAUGAAGCAGAAUCGAGUAGUUCUUACGCAGCCGCUAAUGAUAACCAACAAUUGGUGCCUUACUCAGGCGCAGAAUGUUUAUCAAAUACGAGCGGCUCACAGCUACCGCUGCUUGCUUGCACCGUACGCAACUGCACUAGCAAAUAUCAUGAACUGCACGAGGGCCUACAUUUGCACAAGUUGCCCACGCAUUCUACGUUGCGCGAGAAAUGGGUAUAUAAUUGCCGUUUCAGUGAGGAAACCCUCUCCACAGUUGGUUCGCGCAUACGCAUUUGUACGCUGCAUUUUUCACCAAAUUGUUUCUAUGGCGUUAAGCGCCAAUUAAAGUUUGGCUCAGUGCCCACGUUGCGUUUGGGUCACUCAGAUACAAAGAUCUACUCGGAUGGUUUUAGUAAUGCAACCGACGCACAGGUUGAUGGGCCGCGUUUGCAGCAUUCACGGCUGGCUUCUGAAACGCAACAAGAUAUUUGCUGUCUAAUAAAUUGCAAGUACAGCAGGCGCGAGUAUACGCGUCAUUUUGCUUUUCCAAUCGAAAAGGAAAUGCUCGAUAAAUGGCUGGCUGCACUCGGCAUGGAAUUUAAUAGUUCACGUCCAGACGAUUAUAAAAUCUGCGAAUGGCAUUUCAAGGCGUCCGAUUUCGAUGGUGAAGUUCUGCAAGCGGAUGCUGUACCGACGCGCAAUUUAAAAAUUGACGAAUUUAAUCAAACGGAUGAUGAGGAAGAUGACGAUGAGGAUGACGAGGAUGUGUUGUUAUGGAAUACGACUGAGGAGCCACUGGAUGAACGUCCAUCCACCUCCGCAGCAGCAGCUGCCGCUGCGGCGACCACUACCACCUCCGAUGGCUACAAUAAAAUGAUACCUGGCUCACGCAAGUGUUGUUUGGCACACUGUCGCAAACAAUUAUUCCAAGACAAUGUACGCACCUUUAAGUUCCCUACCUUGCAGGUUCAAUUCGAUAAGUGGGUGCAUAAUUUAGGCAUUAAAUACGAUGGCGAAGCGCCUUGGCGCUAUCAAAUUUGUAGCGAACACUUUGAGAACCAUUGCAUUAUACAUUACGAAAACAAGGCGAAAUUGUUUAGAUGGGCGGUGCCCACCAUGAAUUUGGGCAAACAUGCACCAGCCAAACUCUUCACAAAUGAGAAUCCUAAAAAACCACAACUACAACCCAAAGGACCCGACUACGAUCGGGUUUAUAAAAAUACCAAUACAGAUAAUUACGCUGAAGCAGCUGACAAUGAGGAUACCAUGGACACAACAAAUGAUGAUAGUUCCACUUCGCCGCCUGCUGCGGAAAUGCCCAAGCAAGUGGCUUAUCAGCAAGAAGAUAUGGAUUUGCUUGCACCAAUCGAACGCCCACCGCCCAAAGUGGGCUCCACAACGAAACCUAGCACUUAUGCCUAUACAGCAAGCGAUGAUGAUGCUGAUGAUUACGAUGAUGAUGAUGAUGAUGAUGAUGAUGCCUAUGGUAUGGAUGAAGGUGAAAAUGCACUUUUGGAUGUGAUACGCGAGGAGAAGCUUAUGCCGGUGAAAGAGGGUACGCCGCAUGCGUCCUUCUUCUCAAUGAGGUUAGUGCGAGGCGGUUCGGCGAAAAUACGUGGUUGUUGCCUGCCACAUUGCGGCCGUACACGCCAGUCCGGCGUGCGUCUAUUCCGUUUCCCCGUAGAGCCCGUCUUUCUGCAACGUUGGGAAUACAAUUUGCGCGUGCGCUUCAACGAGACACAGCGCAAUACACACUUGAUAUGCAGUGCACAUUUCGAACACGAUCAAUACAACAAACGCUUGGUGCUAGACGCUAUACCAACGCUAAACCUGGGCCACAACAGCACGGAUAUCUAUCGCCAUAGUCCUGUCGAUCCGUCGAAGAUGCCUAAACGUGCAACGCUUUCACCACUACCACCACCACUACCAGCGCUACCACCGCCUCCAGCCCGACUGCAGCCAAGCAGCACCAACGCGGCUGCGACAUGCGGGGUAACAAGUCAAAAGCCACUGAAAUGCAAUGUGGCCGCUUGUGUGGAGAUGCAAUCAAAGCGGCGCCUAUUUCCCUUCCCUAGCAACAAUGUCUUCGUUAAAAUAUGGUCGGAGCGCACACAAAUCAGAUACGAUGCGCGACAACAUGCCGAGCUGCGCGUUUGUGAAAUGCACUUUGAAGCCGAUUGCUUUGGCCCGAACGGUCUGAACAACAAUGCUGUGCCAACAUUGUGUCUACCCGCGCCAAUGGCAGUGCCACCGGUCGCAUUAGCACCCUCACCGGUUGCGGCAGCGGCGGCGGCGGCGGCACCGACAAUCACACCAGCCGCAAAACCGUUGACAAAUUCCAUCACCAGCCGGCCAAUAGCAGCACCACCCACAGCGUCACCCGCAGCGAUGCCAAAAUUAAGCGCUAUUACCUGCAGCGUAACUAACUGCGUCAAUAAUACCGCUACACGCCCGGAUUUGAAAAUUUUCUCGAAAUUCCCAGAUGAUUUUGAAUUAUUCACCAAAUGGUGUUUCAAUUUGAAAAUCGAUCCACGCACCUACCGAGAUGGCUCUUACAAUGUGUGCAGCGAGCAUUUCGAACCUUUCUGCAUCGGCGGUCAUAGCUUGCGUGUUUGGGCUGUACCCACUCUGCAUUUAGGACAUAAUAGCAAACUUAUACACAGUGUGGAGCGGCCUGCGGAAGCGGAAAUGAAAUGUUGUCUGCCGCACUGUGGGCGCAAGAAGAGCAAAGAUGGAGUGGAGUUCUUCAAUUUUCCCAAAGGCGACCUCUAUCGUCAAUGGUGUCAAAUACUCAAAAUCGACGAAGGACUCUAUCGCAACACAGACAAGAAAAUCUGCAGCGCCCACUUCCGUGCAGACUGCUUCAACAGCAACGGCACCCUGCGGCUUGGCGCACGUCCUACCAUGCAUCUGCGCAAUCGCACACCCACAGCUGCAGCACAUAUACUCAAACCGCCAGCGCCAUAUCGCAGCAAGUGCAUAGUUCGCAUCUGCCAUGAAAUGCAGCAACUAUAUAACUUCCCCGCACAGCGAAAUCUAUGCACGAAAUGGUGCCAUAAUCUUAAAAUUGACUACUAUCCAAAAUUGCAUGAGAAUAUGAAUUUCAAAAUUUGUCGACGUCACUUUGAACCGAAUUGUCUGCUGAGUGGUGGAAGAUUACAUGUCGAGGCAGUGCCAACCGUGCAGCUAGGACACAACGAUGUGAAUAUCUAUCAAAAUAUGGUGGGUGUGAAGAAUAGCGCCAGCACGCCUAGCUAUGAUGACAACAGCAGCUUGCGCACCAGCGUCAGUACGGUGCACACUUGGCUGAUGGACGUCGAUGGGGAGACGAAUGCGGCCGCUGCCGCCGCCGCCAAUGCGGCAAAUGUUGGCAAUGGCGGUGGCGCUCGUGAUAGUGGCGUUGGUGUUGGCGCUGGUGGUGGUGCGGUGCGCAUGGAAUACGAGGCGCCAGUCGAUCUGGAGCCAAUAACAAUUGAGGAGGAUGAUGUUGCCGAUGAUAAUAUGAAUUUGAGUGACAAUGCGUAUAUGCAGCUGGAGGAAGACACCUAUUAUGCGGACUUUGAGGAGCAACGUUUGUUGCCGCAAAGCAGCACUUUUAUCGCGGCUGAAAGCACAGAAGUGAUUGACUUGGAUGCCGUGGAUGCGGUACAAGAACAAUUUCCAAAUUGGUCGCAACGUGGUGACACCGUAUUGGUGGACGAUGACGAUGAGGAUGAUGAAGCGCUGCUGUGGCCGUUGAAUUGAAUAGUUUUAAGGAGCUAAU